AUGUUUCUCAAUGCAUGGACAGCCAGCACCGCCGACAAAAAUACUACGUUGCACAGCUUCCGUCGAUUUAAAACUGCGCAUCUACUAAAUUUGCGUUUCCUAGAAGAUGAAAUUGCCCAAAUGGACUAUGAUCUGUACCAAGCAGGUUUCAGCCUCGAACUGCCCAUCUCUUCGUGCGAUAGGCUUGGUCUCAAGCAUGGCAGCAGAGAUCCUAAAUUUACCACGAUCGACCAAGUAAUCACUCGAAAAUUUAUUAAAAAGCUCCGCAGUCUUUUGCAAGAAUAUGACGGAGCCCUCGAUGCCUUCAACAAAAUCAUGAUGAUGGAAACAAUUUCCUUGCUCGACGACGAGAUACUCUCCGAUCAGCGUACGGACAUCGGCCUAGAAGGGAAGUACAAGACGAGAAUGAUACGAGUAGAUCUCGGAACGCGAGCGCGCACCGAUCCGUUCCAGCGCUGGCUCCACAAGGCCCUGCGCCUCUUCAGGUUAUGGAAGCUGUCGAGAAAAUCCCAGGACACCACCGAAGAACUGGGCACCACUAAAGAACCGGACAAAAGUUGGAUCAAGCAUAGUACCAUUUUUAUAGCCGAGAUCACCGGGCGUCUACUCACUGCAGCAUUUACAGCCGUGUUUCUCAUUGCUCCUUUGGUUAUUCUAUCGCACGAGCCAUCUAAAAACGUUCAGUUGGCGAUUAUUGCGGCGUGGAUACUGGUGCUGUCAUUUCUCGUGUCGCUCUUCCUCAAAGUGACCAGUUUCGAAAUGAUGGCUGUGGCAGCAGCUUACGCUGCUAUUCUAUCUGUUUUCGUAUCCAACGCACCUGCAGAUAACAGGACGAGUGUAGGCUAG